UCCCAGUACACUUUUUUACAUUUUCGAUACACCUUUUUACAUUCUCAAUACAAAAAACACCUAAAAACACACACUAAAAAAACGAAACAAACAUAAAUUUUUUUUUACCCCUUUAAUCCAAAGAAUAAAGACUAUAUUAUUACAUCAAUUCAGAUGAAAUCGAAAUUCAGAAAAUAAAAGAAAAAACAGAAAUAAUUUACCUCGUAUUUACGCUAAUUCUCUCACGGAAAAUAGAGAGAAAUCGCAGGUGUAGUAGACAUACUUAAUCACGCUUUCGAUUAACGAUAUUCUAACCUGAGGAGCUUUAUGCUUAGUUCCUGUUUGAGCCGUCUCCGAUCAGGGCAAAAUUUAGAGCACCGUUCACGGCAUCGCCCUAAAAUCAGGAUGGUGGCCGAUCAUCAGUUUACCAGACUGGAUACCCUGGAGCUAAAAGAUUUGAUCUGCCGCAAUAUUGGGCAGCAAAGAGCUAAAAAGUAUUUGAAUCAGCUGAAAAGCUUUUUCGAUCUGCAGAUUAGCAAGAUUGAGUUUAAUAAAAUUUGCGCUAGAACAAUUGGGAGAGAAAAUAUUGCGCUUCACAAUCAGCUGAUUAAUUUCAUCAUGAUGAAUGCCUGUCUUGCAAACAUUCCUCCCCCAAAAGUUGGGAAAGUUGAUGGUUCUCUUAUGAUUAAAGUUUGCAAUCAGGGUAGUUGCCUGCAGUCUCUCCAAGGUGAUGCACUCAUCCAAUCACCUCGCAAGUGUAGAUCUCCAAGAGUACGAAAAUCGCGUGACUGCUCAAGUCCUGUUGGACCUCUUGGUAAGAGCCCUAGUUUUAUCACCGGCAAAGAAGGAGCCCUGAGAAUACAAGAGCAGCAAAGUGCCACAGAAUUGCGCUCCCUGGGUAGCCGGCCUCCAGUUGAAGUUGCAUCUGUAGAAGAGGGGGAAGAAGUUGAGCAGCUUGCUGGAAGCCCAGGCAUUCAAAGUAGGAGCCCUGUUACAGCUCCAUAUGGUAUUUCCAUAAAGAUUGGUGGAGGUCGCAAGGCGCUUCGUAUAGGUAAUGCAUUUACAGAUCAUAACUUCCCCAGAACGUGCCACAGUACCGGCAUUUUACCUGAUUCAAGAUCUUUGAGGAGUCUUUUGGAGAAAAAGUUGGAGCAGGAGGGAGUUGGUAUCUCAUUAGACUGUGCCAACCUGUUAAAUAAUGGAUUGGAUGAGUAUCUAAAGAGGUUAAUAGAGCCUUGUAUGGGAUUAGCAGGAACAUAUUAUCCUAAAGUUCAUACCAGAAAUCCGUGCAAUCUGGUCAUCCCUGGAUCAAAAGGAAUGUUGUUACCUGCAUAUUCACAGAGGCGGCCAGCAGAAACAUACGCCAGCAUGCUUGACUUUCGGGUGGCAAUGGAGUUAAAUCCUAGUAUACUUGGUGAAGAUUGGCCUUUACAACUUGAGAAGAUACGUACUGACAGUUGCUUGUGACAAAUGGAGGAUUUAGAUUCUCUGAUGCCGUAUACAGAAUCGUUUUCAACAUCGAGAUAAAGCAGUGAAUAUUCUAGGGAGUUUGGAUAAUCUGAUGUGGAUGUAGUUAGAUUUGUUAGUAGGUUGUGUGAUUAGAGAGGGAAUUAGGGAUGUUAGUAUCUGUCAAUUGUGUAGUGCAGGGAGCACCUUUCGUUUUACAUUACUUCCGCAGCCCCAAAAUGAUUGUUUUAUUUAGUAUUUGUACUGUUUUUAGUGCAAUGAAUAGAAUAAUCAUUUUGGUGUCAUAAUAAACGAUGAUUCACACCUCCCACAGACCCCCCCAGUAAAAAUUUGAGUAGGUGGAGAAAAUUAUUGAUUGGAUAAAAUAAGCAUGC